AUGUCGUUCUCCGGCUUGCGUAAGCAGUUCAACAAGGCCAAUCAGUACCUGUCGGAGACGAUGGGCGCCGCGGAGCCGACAAAACUCGACGACGUGUUCAACGAUAUGGAGAAGAACAUUGACACCACGUACAAUUUGAUCACAGAUCUUGUCGCGGGCACCAAUGAGUAUCUCCAGCCGAAUCCAGCUACACGAGCCAAAAUGGCGACUCAGGUGGCAUUGUCAAAAGUGCGUGGCACAACGAAGACGUCGCCGUAUCCACAGACGGAGGGAAUGCUUGCAGAGGUCAUGCAGAAGUACGGACAACAAUUGGGAGACGGCAGCGAUUUGGGAAAGGCUCUCAACGAUGCAGCUGAAGGCUAUCGACAAAUGGCGGACAUCAAAUAUCAAAUGGAGGACAAUGUCAAACAAAACUUUCUGGAUCCUCUGAUGCAUUUGCAGAAUAACGAGCUGAAGGAUGUGAAUCACCAUCGCACAAAACUGAAGGGACGCCGUCUGGAUUACGACUGCAAGAAGCGUCAGCAACGACGAGACGACGAGAUGAUACAGGCCGAGGAGAAGCUGGAAGAGUCGAAGCGUUUGGCUGAAAUGUCAAUGUUCAACGUGCUCAGCAACGAUGUCGAGCAAAUCUCUCAACUCCGUGCUCUCAUCGAGGCGCAACUGGAUUUCCAUAGACAGACUGCUCAGUGUCUGGAGAAUCUUCAACAGCAGCUCGGUCAUCGAAUCAAGGAUGCGGCGUCGAGACCACGAGAAGAGCAUGUGCCACUGCCAGUGCUGGGAAAUGAGAGCCGAACGCCGAGAUCGAGAUCGCCUGCUCCAUCAGAGAUGACCCACAAUUCAGUGCAACCUGCAACGAACGGCGGUGGAAUGCCAUCACAAGCGCCACCAGCGUACCAGGGAGGACCACCACCAGGCGGACUUCCACCACCACUAUCCCAACAGCAGAAGCCUCAAUGUCGUGCUCUGUUCGAUUUCGAUGCUCAAAGUGAAGGAGAAUUGGACUUCAAAGAGGGAACGAUCAUUGAGCUGGUAUCCCAGAUCGAUGAGAAUUGGUACGAGGGACGGUUUAAUGGAAAAACUGGAUUGUUCCCAGUCACUUAUGUUCAAGUCUUGGUGCCAUUGAAAUAA